CAGGAAGUGGAGAGUUAAUAUGGCUUCGAAAGGCCAGGUCGAGAGUUUAACUGAGGAGGUAAUUUGCUCCAUCUGCCUGAAUUUCUUCACCGACCCGGUUAUACUGGAGUGUGGACACAACUUCUGCCGCUACUGUAUCACACGGUAUUGGGAAACUGCGGAGAGAAACUCCUGCCCGGAAUGUAGAGAGGUGUUUGCGAGCCGCACCCUCAAGGUGAAUCGGGCCUUAGCAAAUCUGUCUGAGAAAGCUCGAAAACUAAACAUGGAUCCGAAAGAGAAGGAAAGUAAACUUCACUGCGAGGAACACGAGGAAGAACUGAAGCUGUUUUGUGAGACGGACAAGAAGCUGCUCUGUGUGAUCUGUAGAGAUGCGCAGGAACACAGAGACCACCGCUUCCUGCCGAUUAAAGAAGCUGUGAAAAUUUACAAGGAUAAGGUUAAAUCUUCCUUAGACUCUCUCACAAAAAAGAAAUCUGACAUUCAGGAAAUGGAGUGGCAACAGAAAGAGAAGAUUUCUGGAGUUCGGGAACAGUCACACGGCCUUCAGUCAGAGAUCACGUCCCAGUUUGCUGAACUGCACCAGAUUCUCACCCAGAAAGAGCAACAGGUACUCCAAAAUGUCAGGGAAGAAGAGGCGAGGAUUCUACACCCGAUGGAGAAAAAUCUUCACAAGAUUCAAGAGGAUUUAAAGUUAAUUCAGGAGGAAAUCUCAAAGUUACAGGAACAGUUGGAUCAAGAAGACAGUAUAACAUUUCUGAAGGACAACGCUGAUCGGAAGAGGAGGAUUAGUGAUGAGAAUCAGUUAUUGUCCGUGACAGGCGGCACGCUGCCAAUUGAGAAAUUCGAUCAACCUGUAUUGUACACAGUGUGGAGUGAAAUGUUUGAUGCCAUAAAGCGGGUCUCUGUCACCCUGGAUGUGGAAACGGCGCACCCGGGUCUCGAGGUGUCUGAGGAUCGGAAGAGUGUGAGAUGGACCGAGACCCGGAGGAUUCUCCCUGACACCGGGAAGAGGUUCACAGGCCGGGGUUGUGUGCUGGGAUCGGAGGGGUUCACAUCGCGGAGACAUUACUGGGAGGUGGAGGUGACAGGGAAUCGGUGGUGGUAUCUGGGAGUCGCCGCAGAGUCUGUGGAGAGGAAGAGACUGGUCGGACUGAGUCCGAAGACUGGAUUCUGGAUCAUCGGGCGGGAUGAUCACGUAAUCAAUGUUUUCACCUCCCCUGUGUCCCGUCUCCCUGCCGGUCCCAUCCCCGGGAGGGUGGGAGUUUAUCUCAGUUACGAGUCCGGGACAGUUUCAUUUUACAACGCGGAAACCAAGUUCCAUCUCCACACCUUCACUGGGAACAAAUUCACGGGGAAACUUUAUCCUUUUUUCUGGACUUGGCAUAAAAAACAGUGGCUGAGAAUCUGCUCCGGUUCCUCUCCGGGAACAGAACGAUCAUUCCCCGACACUUCGGCGCCCCUAGAGGACAAUCGCGGUAUUGCAGGCAUUCAGCGGCUCCCCGGAAGGAUCCUGAACCAGGAAGUACCGGGAGUUAAAAUGGCUUCGAAAGGACAGGUCGAGAGUUGGACCGACGAGGACCGGGUUAAAUCUGCGUUGGAAUCUCUCACAGAAAAGAAAUCCGAGCUGGAGGAAAUGGAGCGGCAACAGAAAGAGAAGAUUUCCGGAGUUCGGGAACAGUCACACAGCGUUCAGUCCCGCAUCACAUCCCAGUUUGCUGAACUGCGCCGGAUUAUGACCGAGAAAGAGAAGCAUGCACUCCGAGAUCUCAGGGAAGAAGGGGAGAGGAUUCUAAAUCCAAUGGAGAAAAAUCUUCGACAGAUUCAAGAGAAUAUAAAUUCCAUUCAGGAGGAAAUCUCCAAGUUACAGGAACAGAUGGAUCACCAAGAAAAUGUGAUGUUUCUCAUGGAGGAAGCUCGUCGGGAGCGGAGGAUUAGUGAUGAUGUCCAUGAAUUGUCAGUGACAGAUGGAGCCCUACCAGUUGAAAGAUUCUAUCACCCCUAUUUUUUGAACACAGCAUUGAGAGAAACUCUUGAUGCCGUAAAUCAAGUCUCUGUCACCCUGGAUGUGGAAACGGCGCAUCCGCUGCUCGAGGUGUCUGGGGAUCGGAAGAGUGUAAGACUGACCGGAACCCGAAGGAAUCUUCCUGACACCGGGAAGAGGUUCACAGACCGGCGUUGUGUGCUGGGAUCGGAGGGAUUCACAUCGGGGAGACAUUACUGGGAGGUGGAGGUGACGGGGAAUCGGUGGUGGAGUCUGGGAGUCACCGCAGAGUCUGUGAAGAGGAAGGGAGGGGUCACACUGAGUCCGGAGACCGGAUUCUGGAGAAUCGGGCGGCGUGAUGACGAGAUGUGGGUUCACACCUUCCCUGAAACUCAUCUCCCUGCCGAUCCCAUCCCCGGGAGGGUGGGAGUUUAUCUCAGUUACGACUCCGGGACAGUUUCAUUUUACAACGCGGAGACCAAGUCCCAUCUCCACACCUUCACUGGGAAUAAAUUCAUGGAGAAGCUUCAUCCUUUCUUCUGGAUUGGGAAUAAAAACCAGUGGUUGAGAAUCUGCGCCGGUUCCGCUCCGGGUCUGUAAACGGGUCGGGUCCGGGACCGGCGUCAGGAGUAAGUCAGUGUAAAUAUAAAUGUGCCGAGAGUGAAUUAAACACGAUG